AUGAGGAUCUUCAAGGAUAUUCUGACAAACGCCGAGGUUGUUUGCGAUAACGACAAGCCCAUGCAGGAGGAAGGCGACAUUGUGUACGUUGUGAAGGGCCGCUAUAUUGAGAUUGGUGGUGAGGACUACGGUAUCUCCGCUAACGUGGAUGAGGACGCUGGUGAGGGUGCCACUGGUGAUGUGGAUGACUCCAAGCAGCGCGUCAUCGAUAUUGUGUACAACAACCGCUACACCGAGACAAACUACGAUAAGGCCUCCUACAUGGCCCACAUCCGCGGUUACAUGAAGCAGCUGCUGGAUAAGAUUGAGAGCGAUGAGGAUAAGAAGGCCUUCCAGACCAACGCUGCUGCCUUUGUGAAGAAGGUUGUGAAGGAGAUUGAUGAAUACCAGUUCUUCAUCCCUGAGGGUAAUGAGGAAGAUCCCGAUAAUGGCAUGAUCGUUCUGUGCCGCUGGGAGGGUGAAGAGCCCUCUUUCUACUACUGGAAGGAUGGUCUCAAGGGUGAGCGUGUGUAG